AUGGCGCCUUAUAAUGGCGCCCUUGUCCUACUAACUUCAAAUGAAAGCACGAAUUCUGUCAGAACGCAGCUUGGUCUUUCAGUUCAGUGGCUGAUUAUUUUGUUUAUCAUUUAAAUGUGAUAAAAAGAAGGUACUUUAUUUGGAACAAGAAGGUUUAUGAGCAUUGAUCUUGCACGCUCAUGGAGAGUUUUGAUCAUGGUACAGGUAAGAUAUGACUGUUUAAGCUUACACUGCAAUUUUAGAGCUAAGGAAACUACAUAGGAGUAGCUUAGAUAAGAAUGUUAAUUUGGCUACUGUCAGAAUGGCUUGGAUGAAGAGGGGUCAGCCAGGGAGGGGUGGACAAACAAAAUGUUUUUUUUUAUAAUUUAAAUUUUUUUCACGUCACGUGCCCAAUUACAUGUACAGAGAUUGCAACCCCUUUUGGAGGAAAAUAGGGAGUAUUUUUUAGCGCCAAAAGCACUCACACAAGUUCCUAAGGUACAAGCCUCUAGCGAGGUUUGGGGGUAUGGUCUCCCAUGAAACCAUGAAAUUUUGCAAAUUUAGUUUCUCCUCAAGUCAUUGUGUCAAGUGGCAGUUCCUGCAUUUCCACACUUUUUUUUUCGGUAUUCUGUAAGGUCUUUAUUAUUAUCACAGACGUCUUUGGGCUUUUCUUUGCUGUUGUUAAUCCACUGUUCAGAAACAGGGAGAUUUCUUUUACUGUUUUUACACCAUGGCCACUUUGAAAAAUCAUUAUAAACUUAAUGUGCUCAAGGCAUAAAUUAUGCAUUCAGCGGAAGGCAGUACUGGUAUGGGCUCUGUUAUACUCAGUACUCUCUUUGCAUACACUCUUAACCUUCCGUAUAGACUACUGGCCUUAUGAGUCUGCAAAAAAAACGGGGUGUUCAAUGAAGAGACUGGAUGAGACAUUAUAGGAAAGAAAAGUGUAAUACGUAAUGUUUUACACUUAGAUCGCAAAAACAAUACUUAAGAUAAGCAAUUUUUCCGUUUUUUCAGAGGUUAAUGAUAAAUAGGUAGAAUCUGAUAAAAAUUGGGAGAGCUGGAGACGACAAAUCAAAUCAAGAGGGUUGGAAUCUCUGAAUGCAGCUAGUGCAGGCAGAAAUGGCAAGCUAUGGUGUGGUUUAUUUUUCCUCUAUUCUUGCAUGGCCUUCAUCCUUUUACCCCUAACAGGAGGCAGCCUGGCCAAGUAAUCAGCGCGUCAGACUCAUGAUCUAGCAGUGGUGGGUUCGAGUCUUGCUCUUGGUGGAUUUGUUCUAGGUUGUCCUUAGUACAAAUCCUCGGCCACCCUUGUAAAUAGCCAACUGGGUGCCUCUUGCCAGUUGGAAUUUUGAAUCCUGUUAUGUUACAUGUAUAUUUUGAGUUAUUUGUUUCUAAGUAUUUGGGUGGGCCUGUAAACUAGCUGGAUAAGCUAUUAAAGUGCACUUUCCACCAUAAACAAGCCUUUAACCCUUGAAGCCCCAAUAUUGACAUUGAAAUUCUCCACACUGAUCUCCAUACAUUUCCUUGAAAAACUUGUGGAGAGAAUUUGAUUUAAGAUCAUAGCUUUUUCACUUAAGUGAUGAUUUUAUUAAUUUUUGUAACCCAGUGUCUUGAUUACAUGUAUGUACUAAUAAUAGAAAAUUGAUGUUGGUCACUCUGGGUACUUAAAGGAUUAAGAUGGAAUCCAUUAGGAAAUUGAGUAAUUUCAGUUUUCAAGGGCUAUAGAUGGGAGGUUCUCAAAGGCCCAAAAACUUUAAGUUAAUGUAUGAAGCUUGACUGGAAUUUCCAGAGAGGUGGGGGGUCUUUUUCGGUGGGGGUAUGGAUAUUUUUGGAACUACAUAGUGUUGAUUUUGUUCCCUUCAAAUGUCUCCCCUUCCUCUCUCCUUCCUUUAUUUGCUAGUUUUUUUGGGCACAGACCUGCCCAAUGGAAAUAAAAACAGGGGUAAAGACCCUUAGGUCUCAGGUGAGGUACCCUCCCCUUUGUACCCAUUCCUUAGUUAUAUGGAAAGAUAAACAUCAGGCCCCGGUUGUUAAACAUUGGAUAGCACUAUAACCACUGCCCACCGGAUGAAUAAUUGUCUUCCAGGGGAACCAAUUACGCUAUCCAGUGGAUAGUGCUAUCCACUUUUUUAACAACUGGGACCAGGGCUGGGCACUGCUGGAGGCCGAGGUAUCUAGUCAGCCAUUGAAUUGCUUUUUUUUGUGCAACAAGAGUCAGAUUGGUUGAAGUGCUUCUUACUGCCUGGGACCGACUGUUUUUAUCUUUAUCUGAGAAGACCAGACCGUCUAAGCAUUUGGGAUGUUAGAAAAAGUGGAUGAACUCCUCAGUUAUUUCUAAGGCCCAGUUAAACAGAUAAACAGAUUUUAGACAGUGUUUGACAAAACCUUGCUGAUUUCAAUUCUCACUUCCAAAUUUCUCUAAUCUUCAACUCCAAGCACUGUUUGCUGUUGAUGGGAUCAAGAAGGCUUUCUGUCUAUAGUACAUGCAGAGAGCCAGUUAUAUAGUAACUAUAAUUUCUAAACAGAUCUAAAGACCCAACGAGUGUUGAUUUGGCUGGGAGACUGAACCCUUUAAUAUGUUGUGGUGAUAACUACAGGCAGGCUUUUGUAGUCUUUUUGUAAACAUCUUCAAUGAAUUUUGAUGUGAAACUCUGACAAAACCAUGAACACUCAAGAGAUAUUUCGGGAAUGUUUGUUGUCUUAUGAUCAAUCACAGCAAAUGUCAAGACAUGUGAGUUUGCCAGAACACCAUGAUCUUAUUUAUCAUCUUCCUUGCGGUUUAGUUUUGCUCAUGCCUGAUUUUCUUUUUUUUCUUACAUUACAUGUUCCAGAAAUAUUUCUGGUGUUUGUUUGGGAUUGUGGUUUGUCAGUAAAAAGAUCAUCUUCAUUAGGCUUUAUUUAUUUAUUUCUGCUAGGAAACAUUAAUUUUUGCAAAAAAAGGGGAUCCAUAUAAUUAUACAUGUUAGGAUGUAGGUAGGAAAACUAUUAUAUAUUCUUCCUUUCUACUUGGCAUUUUGAAAUUUUUUUUGUAUAAUUUGUCUCUUACAUUUCUGCCCAUUUUACAGAACCCCUCCUAUCUGGAAAUAUUUUGGAAAUUUCCAUACCCAUCACAAGUUGGAUAUCAAAUUAUUUGUAAGAUUAAAGGGAGGACAUCAAAAGUGACAGCUGGGGAUGGCAGUGUCCCAUUUGUGGUUUUACACAUUCCAGGUAUCAAAAGCUUUUUCUUGACCUUCUAA